GGAGGAUGAGGAUUCACUCUUCUGCGACUGAUUAGGGACUGACUUGAUAUUGCUGGCACAUGAAUUCACAAUGUCCGUCGCGAGCAAUGUGAGUGACACUCACCGAGCCUUCAUCAAGACACCUCACUGGGGCCUUCUCUGAAGUGAGGGCUGGUUCAACGCACCUCGCAGAAGGCUAUUACAAGACGAAGACCUUCAUAGCCUUCUUCAACACCACGGAUCGCUCUCCUCGACCGCCGAUCCACUUUCAAAUCACCCACUGACGACGCUCAAUCCCUCAGCACAACAACUCACCAUGUCUCAAUCCCUUCAAUCACUUCAAUCACUUCAACCCAACGAGCGCGACCCAUACCAAUUCACCAAAUCCUCCAUUGUCACCGUCUAUGUUCAAGCAGCCCAGCUUAGCCGAAGGACAACGUUUCAUAUCCACGCUUCACUCAUCCGUCGAUAUUCCUCCGUCCUCACGCAACAGCUUGACAAUCCGUGGGCCCCUCAAAUCUUACCAAGCGAAACAGACAGCUUCGAUUCAAUUUGGUAGUGAAUCCAACAACAUCAUCACCGUUCGCGAGAGCCAAGACACAUUCCGUCUCUUCGUGGGCUGGCUUUACCAAGGUUCUAACGCACUCCUCUCCGACCCAGAGUACAAGUCCCAUCCUCAACGGCUAACCGCUGAUCUGGUCGCCCUCUGGUCCUUCGCUGAGACUUUCAAAAUCGAAGCGCUCAGAAAUGAUCUCGUCGACAGUGCCCAGCGCCUACCCCUCAACGACAACUUCUUCCAACUCCUCAUCAGCCUCGACGAGUGGGCUUCGGCUACCGCUCAACGUCGUUGCGGUCCGAUCGUCGACUACAUGUACGACAAACUUGCAUACGAAAUUACAAGUAAGGGCUGGGGACAUUUUAUGUCUGUCGCAGGGACAGCGUGGACUGAGAUGAUGCACAACCCCCGUACUUUCAAAGGAAACUACAUCACGCGUCCUCAAGAGACUUGUGGGCCAUCUGAGUCUCGCACAUGA